CCCCUUUAAAGCGCUUACUCUUCCCACUCUCCUCAAUACUUUGUGAUUCAGAGUAUGAAACAAACAUCUCAGAGGGUAAAUAUGGAAUGGAUUGUGGGAGGCUCUGGAGAGAGUUGUUGACGCAAAAGCCCUCCACAAUCGAUUUCACUUUCGUUUUCCCCGCCCGGAGACUUAGCCCAGAAGCGAAAAGGCUGGCGAUGUGAACGAUCUUUACGAUGAAACGCCGCGAAUCCACCCCCUUUGCCCCGAAGAGAUUCCAGGAACCAGGAAUGAUGUCACAAAAUCCAAAGAAAAUUCAGGUUCUGAAUGUUCCCAAAACCAUCCCUGUGCCACGGAUGUUGGAUAAACUGACCAUUUAUUUCCAGAAGCCAAGAAAUGGAGGGGGUGAAGUGCUGGACGUGGAAUAUCCAACCAGUGUUAAAGACUGUGCUUACGUCAUCUUUGAGAAGGAGGAAGAUGCAAACAAUGUCCUUAAACGCGAACAGGUACUGGUGUUGGAUGGGACAAAGUACAAAUUGGAAGUACGUGAGGUUGAAAAAGGACACAACAAUGCUGAUGAUGAACAGGUGAUGCUGUUUGUGAGUACAAAACUGGACACAAGCCACUUUCCCAAAGGGAAGGCUCGUCAAUUAAUCUUCAGACAUGAUUUUCAAGUUGUAAAUUCCAAAGGCUGCAUUGUGGAGAUCAAAGGUUCUUUCUCUUCUUUAAAGAACCUUCGGAGUGAUCUUAUGAACUUGAUUCUCCAUCGAUCACCACAAGAAGUCACCGAUCUAAGACAUUCAGCCAAUAAAAGGAGACUCGAUAAAGAUGAGAAAUACUUACAAUCUGGAGCAUUUAGAAAUUACAGGCAAACAAAUGUCUCUGGUAGUAGCUCAGAUUCAUCAACAGCCAGCGAGGGGGAUGAUUAUGAUGCUGGCAAGUAUGCCUUGAAUAUCCAAUCAAGAUCUUGUGUAUCAAGAGUCUAUUCUGAUAAAAACAAUAGUUCCCCAUUGCCUUUGGUUUCUUCUCCAUCUUCUCUGCCAGUUACCAGCUCCAGUGACAUUGAAGAUAUAUCUCCAUACACUCAUAGGAGCGCACUUGGACUUCAGGAGACAGUGGGACAUAGCAGCACUGAAAAGUAUGAUAGUAGCCUCAAUGCAUAUUCAUCUCAUUCUUCAACUAGCUAUUCUUCUACUCCUCACUUAAGUUUCAUUGUUGAUAAAUUGGUUUUCAAUUACCUGCAGGCAUUUGGCACGAAAGAGUUUCAUCGUCUUCUUGAAGCAUAUUCCAAUAACAUUGAAAUGGUUUCUGAUGGUGAGCUGUAUAAGAUACAUUUAUACCCAACAGGAGCAUCCAAUUGCCUUGAAAGGCUAUCCCAAAUCAAGUCAGCGAUUUGUGAACAUAUCCAUAAAAUCCAACUGGAACUGAGGGUACAUCAAGUUGAUCUAACUGUGAUAAAACCCUCUGAGAAGAAUGAGAUAUUCCUCAGGUGCAGCUUGGUCAAUCAAAAACUGACAAGAGUUCUGCUGAUAAACAAUCAUAAAACCAUAAGUUUGGUGGGGCCAUCAGCUGAGAGUUAUAACGUAUGGCAACAUAUUUUGGGGGAAAGUCCUACACCCUCACCAACUGAAAACAGUGGGCCAUGUCAGCGAGGGAGGAGAUUGAAUCACUCAGGAAAACACGCCAAGCGCAACUCUUCAUGCCCUCCAACUAGUAAGGAAAAACCUUUGGAUGAUUCCAAUGCCAACCUCCCAGAAAACAAAAAAACCCAGGUCCAAACCACUGACCAAAGGAAGAUCCUUUCAAGAAAACCAAGUUCUGACUGUGCCUAUCAAAAACGGCGGUCCUUAUCAGAGAGCAGGAAGACACCAAACAAGCAGAAGCCUCCAAAUGACUUUGACAUUCAAGAUUCACAAACCAAAGCAGGCAGAAGUUUUGAGGUUCAAACAAUGCAGGACAACAAACAGUCAAAGUUCCCAGGAGCCCGUCAAAGCUUGAUCCCAAAUCCCAAAAUAACUUUGCAUAAAAGUAAGAAGGGAGGAAAACCAGGAAUAGCUAUCUAACAUCCCACAGGUUUGUUCUUGGGACAUUGCUGUUUCAUUUUCCCCUUCAGCUAAGGAGCAUCAAAUUGUGAUACAAGAGGAGAAAUUGAAAAUUUUGUAAUGUGUUAUUUUUUCUUGGGGGAAGGGGUGAGUUUUUCUUUAGUUCUUGCAUUACAACAGUGGCUACACUUCAAAAGUUCUUUCUUGGCUGUAAAGCACUUUGGGGCCUCUUAAGGUUGCAAAAGGUGAGAUAUAAACACAAAAUCUUACGUUCUUUUCUUCUUUACAAAUGACGUCCACUCUCGCUGAUCCUGCAAAGUGCACCAGAUUCAGUGCUGUAGGGUGUAACUGUCAGAAUAAUAGCUUAUGGGUACUGUAGUCUUUGUUUCUCUCACCCUGAUCAUUACAAUAUUUAAUUGUUUAAAAUCUC